UCAAAAUGAGUGAUCACACGUUCGGGAAAACUUUGCGCUCUCCCUCACAUUUUUUUCACUUUGCUCUCUCUCUCUCUCUCUCUCUCUGCCAAAAGCAUUCCUCUAUUUCCUUUUCACAGGCAAUGGCGUUGACAUUCAAGUUAGCUCAGUUGCAGUCCAAGGCUACUCAAGCAUCCCAAUUGGUAUCAAAGCAUGCUCCUCUGUACUACAAGCAGCUACUUGAGCAGAAUAAGCACUACAUUCAGGACCCACCCACUGUCGAGACAUGUAACCUUUUAUCAAAGCAAUUGUUUUACACUCGUCUAGCCAGUAUUCCUGGUCGUUAUGAGGCAUUCCAUAAGGAGAUGGAUUAUGUGAAGCAUAUCUGGAAGAACUUGAAUGAAUUGAAGAUCGAGGAUGCAUGUGUUGCUACUCUAUUUGGGUUAGAAUGCUUUGCUUGGUAUUGUGCUGGAGAGAUUGUCGGUCGAGGGUUCACCAUCACUGGCUACUAUGUCUAAUUGAGUCCCCAAGAAGCAGAGCAAGCUUUUUAUUAUGUUUCGUUUCUUCCAUGUUUUUGUCAAAACCUAUGGUUUUGCUGUUCUGUAAGAAAAAUCAGAAUGAGC